GAACGAUCCAUCGUCUUGCACAUGGUAUUCUGGACUCGUGUAGGAGCCAGAAAAGGUAGAGUGUACUCCUGUAGUAGAAGAAACAGUCCGUUUCAUCGGUCAAUAUCGUAUUGCGCACCCAGGAUGAGCACCUCCCAGAGCCUCCAGACAACGGAUCAGCCCGAGAGGGUCUCCGUCUCCGGCUCAGCAUCUAAACUAGUCAUGCAGAUCAUCUUGCCUCGGUCCCUUGUUGUCGAGGACAAAUGGCCGGUCGGACCUUUACUUGCUCAAUCGGCUCACGCGGCAACUGCUGUCCUUCAUGUCCAUCGAGAUCUACCCGAGGUCAGAUCAUACCUGUCAAACUUGGAGAACAUGCGGAAGACUGUCUUGGAGGUCAAAGACGUCGAAGCUUUACGCGGCAUUUGUGCGCAGCUCGACCAAAUGGACAGGAAGAUCCCUUAUCACCUAUGGAUAGAACAGCCGGAGAAUACGCCAACGGCUCUCGCUCUCGUACCUAAUAACAGGCCAACCGCCUUGAAACGGAUCUUAGACCACCAUGGAUGUGUUUUAUGGAAGUAAUCUCUCUCAUGGAGGGACAGCAUAUGUCCGCGAGGGGCGAUCCAGGCUUGUACCUUUUAGGGCUCAAGGCGAGAGGGAAGCGCUACGUGUUGGCGAAGGAGCGGAUGACUGGUGUCGCAGUCCGCGAUGCCUUCGCGACAGCGACUUCAUAUCCAAUACGAAUCCCGGAGGACAAAGACAAGUCUGGGAACGUAGGCCGUAAGUGCGUAGCGGUAUACAUUAAUGUUGGAGCGAGACUGCACUUCUGCUUGGCGAAAGAAGGGCAGCAUGCGGAGUAUGUAUACAAUGUUCGUCUGGUUCUGAGACCAUAGUGUCUCUGGAAUGAGUCGAGACAGACUUGUACGGUACACGCGACCAAUGUAUGACAUGUGACCGUU